AUGUCCCAGGAGCAUAAUCCUGUUGUAGGCGAAGGACCUCUGGAGACAUUAGUCAGAAUUACUUUUGCAUUUGUGGAUUCCAUGGCACUUAAAUGUAUUGUGGAUCUUGGCAUUGCUGACAUCAUCCAUGCCCAUGGCCAUCCAAUCAGUGUAUCUGAAAUAUGUGCCCAUUUAAAAUCCCACCCUCCCAACUUCAGGUGCCUGAAACGUGUCAUGCAGAUUUUGGUUCAUAGAGACAUCUUCACCACUGUUAAUGUUAACCCCACCGAAUUCAAUGAAGAUGACACCCUUUAUUGGUUAACACCAGCCUCUAGGCUACUGUUACGACAUGAUGAUGAUGAUAUAAGCUAUGCUCCUAUGAUUCUUAUGCAGAAUCAUCCUCAAUUAUUAGCCGCGAUGCACCAUCUCAGCUCUGCCAUCAAAGAGGGUGGAAUAGCAUUUGAGAUGGCUCAUGGACAUCAUAUUUGGGAAUUUUUAUCUAGAGAUCAAGAAGUUAAUAGGGUGUUCCAUGAUGGGUUGGCAUGUACAGCAAAGAUUGGGUUCAGGGCUAUCACGUCACUGUAUAAAGAUGUAUUUGCAGAUGUUAAAUCGGUUGUAGAUGUAGGAGGGGGAACUGGUGCAGCUGUAAAUGAGGUUGUGAAGGCCUUUCCUAAUAUCAAAGGCAUCAACUUUGAUCUGCCUCAUGUUAUUGCCAUUGCUCCCAAGUAUGAUGGAGUUGCUCAUGUUGAAGGUAAUAUGUUUGAGGCCAUUCCUGAUGCUGAUGUUGCAAUCUUGAAGUCAAUUCUUCAUGAUUGGAACGAUGAAGAUUGUGUAAAGAUCCUGAAGAACUGUCAAAAAGCAGUACCAGAAAAGACAGGAAAGCUGAUAUUGUUUGAAUUAAUACUUCACAAAGAGGGGGAAGAGUCAAUGGAAGGCAUAUUACUUGCAUCAGACUUAAUAAUGAUCGCGCAUACUGGCGGGGGUAAGGAAAGGACAGAGCCUGAAUACAAAUCUUUGCUACAAACUGCAGGAUUUCCUCGUUACAGACUACUCAGUAACCCUGGAAUACCAUCUAUCAUUGAAGCUUUUGUAGAAUAA